CACUUAUUGGCUAGCUGAGAGGACCUUGACCAACCGGGAGCUGCCUGGUCGUCAUGGCAACGGGACACGCUAACGCUUGUGUCCGGGGAGGCUGACUUUCUGACUGAGCAGGGAAGAUGGCACAGAACUUGUAUGGUCCUGGAGUCCGGAUGGGCAAUUGGAACGAAAAUGCCUACCUGGAGGAGGAGCGCAUGAAAGACUUCCUAGAGAAGAGGGAGAAGGGAGAACUUCUCAUACAGAGGAACAGAAGGCUGAAAAAGAACCUCUUGAGACCGAUGGAGCUUUCGGUAUCCAAAGAUGGAUUCAUCCACUAUGGCGACAAAGUGAUGCUUGUGAAUCCUAACCACCCCCCGUGGGAGGAAGCUGGCGUGUUUCUGGAAGGAGACCUGUGCCUGUGCAUGAGCCCGGAUGAAGUUAAAGCCCAGCUACUCGAUGAAUUGGAAGUGCCCUGUGGAGUGACUGCGGUUCAGACCACAGUCCCGACGGGCAGGAACACCUUCACCAUCUUGAGGAUGGGUAGGAACUGGGUUCUAGAAACUGCUCUUGUGCCUGCUUGCUGUGCAGUCCCGUUGGCUUUCUUGGUAGCCGUGACUAAGAUCAUGUGCGGUUUCCAGCUGUAUUUAUCAAGUGACCACAGGACCCUUCUGAAGUCUUCUAAGAAGUCCUGGCUGCAGGAGGUGACUCUGACGGACCAGGCCUCCCAUCUGAACUGCUGGCAGGCUACCUUCCUCGACCCCCAGCUGCGCCUGGAAUAUGAAGGCUACCCAGUCAGGGCAAAUGAAAAACUUGUCAUCUAUCAUCGCCACACAAACCGAGCCCUGGCGGUCCAUCGGCAUCUCUCCUUAAGGACCUAUUUCGGGAAGGAAGUUGAGGUUGCAGCUCAUACACAUCAGGAUUCACACAGAGCUGAAAAGCCUAAGAACCACUGGAUCCUGCUUACCGGGAAUCCCAGGGACAAAUCGACCACCAUGCUGGACCUCCCCAAACCUCCUGCAGAGGAUACCAGUGCCGUGGAGCAGGCCAUGGGCAUCAACACCUAGUGACACAGGCAUAUAUGUGGCCUCUCAGGUCCUGCUCACAUCAAUUGUAGGUCUUAAAAGAAAUGAAUAAUCUUGGUUGUGCCCCAAGCAGUUUUUCAGUAGGGCGCAGAACUCCCUGAACCCAGUAUUAAAAGAAAUACCUUAUUAAACCUCUUGAAUUAGUCAUGGGGGACAACCUGUAGGGAGUAAAUAGUGUCUGAAAAUAAUAGCAUUUGAAGUCACAUUAGCUUUUGUUGAUAUCCUAAUUGUGAAGAAUUCAGUGCCCCCCACUCAGAACCCCUUGCUUCGCAGGUCCUGCAAGGCCUAUGCGCCUUUCCAAAGUCGUGUUAUAUGUAAUAAAAAUGUCAGAAGUUUA